AUGUCCACAGGUCACGUCGGGUCGGUACCACCCAGCGCCUGCGACAUGGAGCGAAUGAGGAGAUGCAAGGAAGAGAUGGAGUGCGCAUGCAUGGCCUGCGACCCGCAGAAGUUGUGGACGUGGAACGAGAAGUUUGUCUUCUGGGUCAAGGACGAGCGAGAAAGACAAACCGUGCUGGAGAUGAGAAGAGUAGCAGCUGUGCUUUCUCACGUUGGAGAAUCUCGCUACGGAGUUGCUCUUACCCUGCUCAACGACGAGACUGCGUGGAUCAACCCGGCACAAACGUGCAAGAGCUCGAGGGCGUUCGAGAAGGAACGAGAGUGCAAAGACAGAGUGAGGAAGCGAUCGUUUCCUCUCUGGAAGCACUGCAGUCAGAUGCACGAGUUUCUCCAGUGCAUGUGCAACGCAUGCGAGGACGAUGUGGAGGAGGCGGUGAGGGGUCUUGGCUCCUACAGCAGAUGUCCGCGCCUACAUCAAGUCUCCCGUCACCUUCCCCACUGCGGCUCGUGGUACCAAGACGAGUGCGUGACCGAGCAUGGAGCUUCUUUCUGCGAAAACGUCCACGGAAGUGACGCGUGGAAGGCAGCGCAGGGAGCGCAGGGUGUAGCUGGGGCCCAGCAAGGGGACGGGAUGAGCUGGAAAAAUUUCUGCAGCGGAGUUGUGAGCAGCUUGUCGGCGAGCGAAGAAGUUCUAGAAGAGACGCUGGGAGGAGGCUGGAAGGAAUGGUGCGUGAAGUACCUUAGUAAUUCUACAACGGCAGCAGAGGCAGGAGGGGAUAGAGAAAGGGAAGAGGGAGAGGAGGGGGAAGCGGGAGGGGAUGGGGAAAGAGAAGGGGAGUAA